ACGAUAAAAUAAUUAGGCAUCCCAAUCUGGGAUCUACGAGAAGCUUCCGUAGGAGCAGAAGGUGAGAUCCAUAAAUUCCAAUCUCAGGGAUAUUAGGUUGGAUUGGAUUAGGGUUUGGGAUUGUGAAAAGUGAAAACGGCCAUGGAAAGAGGAGGAUCUGCAACAACAACUACUGUAGGAGGAGCCGCAGUGGCAGAGGCGGAGAAAACGUCGUCGUAUAGGUACUGGGUGAGAGGUGCCACUGAGGACGCCGUUCCCAUUCCGCUUCCCAAGAAGCUGUCGCCCGACGACUUUGAUUCUAAUUCUAAUUCUAAUUCUAAUUCUAAUUCGAAUUCUAAUUCGAAUCCUCCAACUUUGGGUUCCGUCUGGAAUCGGGCUGGAACUUGGGAGGAGAAGAACCUUAAUAACUGGGCAACUCAAAGAAUCAAGGAGUUGGUUUUGUCGAUUGGUUGGUUAGAGUUCCCAUCAUCAGGUGGAAAAGCUCAGAUUUCUGAUGUUUCCAAAUGUCUUGGCGAUGCUUUCUUGGCGACUGUCCGGAGCAAGAAGCGUGUUGGCUAUACCUAUGAGCUUACCUUCAAAGUCGAAGGGGAGUGGAUUAUAAAAGACGAGAAAAAGUCGGUGAAGGGGCAUUUGGAUAUUCCAGAGCUCUCGUUUGGUGAGCUUCAUGACUUGCACCAGGAACUACUUGAAGAUGCAUCAGAAAUUUGCGGAGCCAUACUGCUUCUUUUGAAGCAUCACUAG